AUGGAUGGGCACGAAAUUAGCGAGAAGAAGGGACUCCCCGACCGGCCCGACCCGACCCAGAACACCUCCCACGACGAGCCUCGCGAUGCGGUUCCUGACACGGCUCCGGACGCGCAGGCCAAGGAGAGCGGGAGCGGCGGCGGCCCUGAAGACGAGUCGCGGUACCCGCACGGCCUCCGGCUGGCCGUCAUCAUCUUAUCCAACAUGAUCGCCAUGUUUCUCGUGGCGCUAGACCGGACCAUCAUCGGGACCGCCGUGCCGCGCAUCACCGACGACUUCCACGCCCUGCAGGACGUCGGCUGGUAUGCGGGCGCCUACCUCAUCACCAGCUGCGCCACCCAGCUCCUCUGGGGCCGCAUCUUCACCUUCUACAGCACCCAGGCCGUCUACCUGAGCGCCAUCUUCCUCUUCGAGGUCGGCUCGCUGAUUUGCGGCGUAGCCCCCAACUCGAUCGCCUUCAUCUUCGGCCGCGCCAUCGCCGGCGCCGGGUCCGCCGGCAUCUACUCGGGCUCGACCAUCCUCAUCACCGAGGUCACGCCGCUGUCCAAGCGGGCCGGCUACGUCGGCAUGAUGGGCGCCGUCUUCGGCAUCUCGUCCGUCAUCGCCCCGCUCAUCAGCGGCGCCUUCACCGACCGGGUCACCUGGCGCUGGUGUUUCUACCUCAACCUGCCCGUCGGCGGCGCUGCCGUGGCCGCCCUCGUCUUCAUGUUCCCCAAGCGCCCGCCCAAGCAGCCCGUCCCGGCCGCGCAGCAGGUCCGACAGCUCGACCCGCUCGGUAACCUCGUCUUCCUGCCGUCCGUCGUCUGCCUGCUCCUGGCCCUCCAAUGGGGCGGCUCCACGUACGCGUGGAACAGCGGGCGCAUCAUCGCCCUCCUCGUGCUCGCGGGCGUCCUCUUCAUCACCUUCGUCGCCAUCCAGGUCUGGCAGCAGGAGAACGCGACGGUCCCGCCCCGGCUUUUCCGCCAGCGCAACGUCUGGCUCGGCACUCUCUUCGCCGGCUGCAUCGGCGCCGUCAUGAUCACCUUCCUCAUCGCCCUGCCGAUUUGGUUCCAGGGCAUUCGCGGCACCGACGCCGUCGCGUCGGGUAUCGACACCCUCCCGCUCGUUUUGUCGCUCGUCUUCGGCGCCAUGGUCUCGGGCGGCUUCAUCAACGGCGCCGGCUGGUUCAACCCUGUUUUCUUCUCCUCCGUCGUGUUCAUGGCCGUCGGCGGCGGCCUGCUGACCACCCUGGACCUCGAUACGGCCACGCGCACCUGGAUCGGCUACCAGAUCAUCCUCGGGCUCGGCAUCGGCCAGGGCAUGCAGCUGGCCAGCCUGGCCGCGCAGGUCGUGCUGCAGCAGAAGGACGUGCCGCAGGGCGUGUCGCUCAUGUUCUUCGCCCAGUCGCUCGGCGGCGCCGUCUUCGUCUGCAUCGGCCAGUCCGUCUUCACCAAUGCUCUGCAGAGCCGGCUCAGCAGCUUUGACGGCCUCGACGUCGCCCGGGUCGUCGCCACCGGCGCCACCGAGCUGCGCAGCGUCAUCCCCGCCGACAUCUUGCGCCCCGUGCUGGUCCAGUACAACGCGGCCCUGCGGAACUACUUCUACGUCGGCCUGUCAGCGGCGUGUUUUGCUGUCCUGCCGUCGCUCGGCGUCGAGUGGAAGAGCGUCAAGGACAAGGAGUUGGUGCAUUGA